GCACAGUAAUAAGCAGAACAUAGAGCGCUGUAGAUACAGAAAAAUGGUUAGCGGCCGGUAAUGUGUAUAUGUUAAAUGCAUUGUCGUCGAGGGGCCAGCGGAUUAUCAGCAUUUAAAUUAACACCCAUUUUAUGAGUGAAACAUGGCUCACCAGUUGCUUUCUUCGGCGAGCAAGUUAGAGAAGUUCUUACUUAGCCGAUUGGAUCAUCUCCAGACCUGGAGGAAGCUUUCGUUACUUAGAAAUGGACCUAGGAUAUCUGCCAUCGAACAAGUUCAGCAACAGUGGAGAUUGCUCUGCAACAAGCCACCAAAAGGUUUUGAAAAGUAUUUCAAGCAAGGUCAGAAAACAAAGGAGGCCCCUAAAGAAGCUGAAGGUCCAGCAAAAGACAGUAAAAGUUCACAAAGCGCAGAAGCUCCAAGCUCCAAGUCUCCAGGCUCUUCCAGCUCAGGACGGAAGAAAGACUUCACUUAUGGCUUUUACCCUGGCAAAAACAUGGGUGGUGAAGGAGGUGGACCUUUUCAGGGUAAUGACAAAUGGUUGACUCUUGGAGCUGUUGGAACUCUUGGUAUAAUUGGAGUCUUGAUGUUUUCGGAAGGGGGGAAAGAAAUUACGUGGAGAGAAUUUGUUUACGGAUACUUAAAUAAAGGAACAGUGGAAAAGUUAGAAGUAAUAAAUAAGAAAUGGGUGCGAGUGCGAUUAUUACCUGGCACCAGUACAGAUGGAACAUUAUGGUUUAAUAUUGGCAGUUCUGAUACUUUUGAAAGGAAUUUGGAGAAUGCUCAACUUGAGUUAAACAUUGAGCCACAAAAUCAUAUACCAGUUGUGUACAAAAAUGAAAUGGAAUCAGGACAUCUAGUAUCUUAUCUUCCUACUAUUAUUACAAUAGGAUUGUUAUUAUACUUCACCAGAUCAACUGCCAGUAUGUUUAGUAAGGGAGGACGUGGUAAAGGAUUGUUUGGAAAUGUUACUUCAUCAACAGCUAAAUUAAUCAAUCCAAAUGAGAUUGGUGUUCGUUUCAAAGAUGUGGCUGGAUGUGAAGAAGCUAAAAUUGAGAUUAUGGAGUUUGUAAAUUUUCUUAAGAAUCCACAGCAGUAUAUUAAUCUUGGAGCAAAGAUUCCCAAGGGUGCAAUCUUAACAGGACCUCCUGGUACGGGUAAAACUUUAUUGGCAAAAGCCACUGCAGGAGAAGCCGAUGUACCUUUCCUGACGGUAUCUGGUUCAGAAUUUUUGGAAAUGUUUGUUGGAGUUGGGCCAUCGCGCGUACGAGAUAUGUUUGCACAGGCCCGCAAACAUGCACCUUGCAUUUUGUUUAUCGAUGAAAUCGAUGCUGUAGGCAGAAAGAGAGGCGGUAAAAGUUUCGGUUCUCAUUCUGAACAAGAAAAUACAUUAAAUCAACUUCUUGUGGAGAUGGAUGGUUUUAAUACGACAACAAAUGUGGUUGUUUUGGCCGCAACGAAUAGGAUCGACAUUCUCGAUAAAGCACUUUUACGACCAGGUAGGUUUGAUAGGCAAAUCUAUGUACCCGCACCGGAUAUUAAGGGAAGAGCCUCUAUUUUCAAAGUGCAUCUUCAGAAUUUGAAAACUAAUUUAGAUAAGAUCGAGUUGUCGAGAAAAAUGGCUGCGUUGACGCCAGGUUUUACAGGAGCUGAUAUUGCAAAUGUCUGCAAUGAAGCAGCUUUAAUAGCUGCACGUGAUAAAAGGGAGAGCAUAAUAAUGAAAAAUUUCGAACAAGCUAUCGAGAGGGUAGUGGCAGGUAUGGAAAAGAAAACAAAUGUGUUGCAACCAGAGGAAAAGAAAACGGUAGCGUACCAUGAAGCAGGACAUGCGGUAGCAGGCUGGUUCCUACAACAUGCAGAUCCUCUUCUGAAGGUCUCCAUCAUUCCCCGUGGAAAAGGGUUAGGAUAUGCCCAGUAUUUGCCACGUGAACAGUACCUGUAUACAAAAGAGCAACUGUUUGACAGGAUGUGCAUGACCUUGGGUGGUCGAGUUUCCGAAGAAAUUUUCUUUCACCGUAUAACGACUGGCGCACAGGAUGAUUUACAAAAAGUAACACAGAGCGCUUACGCACAAGUUGUUCAUUACGGCAUGAACGAAAAAGUCGGCACAGUUAGUUUUGAAAUGCCGCAACCUGGAGACAUGGUUCUCGACAAACCUUAUUCUGAAAGCACUGCUCAGCUUAUCGACCAAGAAGUCAGAAUUAUGAUCGAUACCGCACAUAAACACACAACCGCUUUGUUAACAAAACAUAAAGCUGAUGUAAAUAAGGUAGCUGAAAGACUUUUAAAACAGGAAAUUUUAAGCCGAGAUGACAUGAUUGAGCUACUUGGAAAAAGGCCGUUCCCCGAAAAGUCUACGUAUGAAGAGUUUGUUGAAGGUACAGGAUCCUUUGAGGAAGAUACGACUUUACCAGAAGGUCUCAAGGAGUGGAACAAGGCGAGGGAUUCUAGUGAUACAAAACCGGAUGGUAGUUCGACAGAACCGCCGAUUUCGCCAUCAGAUCCGCCAAAGAAUCAGCCUGAGCAGCGAGUGUAAUUAUAUUUAUUCCUUUACAUUUGAUAGAACGUGCCGACACACUCUAAUGUAAUAAUCGAUAAUUUGUAUGAUAGUUUUCAAAAUAUACUUUUUAAAUAGUGAUAAUUUGCAUCGACGAUUUCAUGUGAAUCGCGAACACAAUGAGCACCGUUGUUUUUCUUACGCUUGAGAUUUCCUGAAUGUAUAAUAAUAGUAAUAAUAAUUUGUUUUUGAAAAAAAAUUCACGAGGAGUUCACUUCUGAUACUGUUUGCUACAUCAAUGCGUUCACGGAGUCUGUAAUAAAGUACUUUUAUAACAUCGGA